ACCACUGCUUCGAGACCACUACAGCCACCAAACUGGAAACCACAAAUGGAAAUGCCCAGCAAUCAGAAAGCAAUGAACGGAAAGCUGCCGCCAUACAAAGCCACACCAGCCGGCAGCACCCCGAGCACAGCCGCCACCACCAAGCCUCAGCAGGCUCCUGCCCAGCACCACCCGACGGCACCCACUCACCCACCAUGCCUGCGCCCACAGCCCCACGGCCACGCCUGCCGCACGCCGCCCCGCCGCUCCUGCUYCUCCUCACGGCUCUGGCCACCGCCCUCGCCUGCCAACACCUCUGGACCCCCGACGACACCUUCCCCGCCGACGCGCUCCGCCUCCUCCGCGACAUGGCUCCCAGCCACGCACAGCCCUGCCACCUGCAACAGCCGCCCUUCUUCCCCGACGCCCUCCGCCACAACAACCUCCACCCGCAACAAGCCGCCGCCGCCGCCCUACGCAUCCUCCAGCACCUCUUCCACACCCUCAGCGACAACAGCACCCGCCACCACUGGCACACCCAGCCUCACAACGACCUCCUCAACCAACUCCAGCACCACAUCCACCACCUCGAGCCAUGCCUCCGCAAUAGCACCACGCUCUUCAAGGGACCCCGCAACACGCUGCUCACCAUCAACAAGUACUUCAGGGACAUCCAACGCUUUCUACAAGCCAACAACCACAGCGCCUGCGCCUGGGACCACGUCCGCAUCGAAGCUCGCGCCUCUUUACAGCACCUCCACAACCUCACGCGCACCAUGCGCCGCUAGCACAAACACCCACGCACACCAACCCACACCCGCGCACCCGACACGCUCCCACACCACGCCUCAAACCCACCUCGCGCCUCACUCCUGCCU